GUGUUUGCGCAGAUGGGCCCUUCGGGCAGCGGCAAAACAACUCUGCUAGAUGUUUUGGCGGGCAGGAAGACGGUGGGGCAGAUCCAUGGAGACAUUCUGUUUGCCGGCCACAAGCCAUCCCAAGCCUUCCUCAGGCGCUACACCGGCUACGUGGAGCAAUUUGACACGCUGCUGGACAAUCUCACCGUGGAUGAGAUGCUGAUGUACACGGCGGAGCUCAAGUGCGCGCUCAGCGAGAAGCUGGCGGCCAAGCGCGCCAAAGUAGACUCCAUCAUCGACCAGCUUGCGCUCGGCGGCUGCCGCGGCGUCCGCAUCGGAAACGGCCUCAACCGCGGCAUCUCCGGCGGGCAGUGCAAGCGUGUGAACAUAGGCAUUGCGCUGGUGACGAAUCCGCGUGUGCUGUUCCUGGACGAGCCCACCUCCGGCCUCGACUCCUUCACAGCCAAUGAGGUGAUGGUGGUGAUAAAGGCUCUGCUGAAGACUGGGAUGACCAUCUGCGCGACCAUCCACUCGCCCACGCCCUCCUGCUUCAAGCUCUUCGACUGCAUGAUGAUCCUGCUGCGUGGCAAGGUCGUCUAUGCCGGGCCCAAUGUACAAUCAGAGCCCUUUCUUCAGAACUUGAAUACUGUAUAUCAGCAGCAAUAUUUACAAUUACAUUUUUUUGUACCACCAUUUCUGAGGAGUAGCCUCCGCUGUUGCGCAGGUGUCACCGCAGAUUCUGAAGGAGCUGAAAACGCGCCGCGCGACUGUCACGCCGUUCUACUGGGGCGUCAAAACCAUCCUCAAGGUGCAGGCCCGCCCCCUGCAGGCAGUCGGCUUAGUGUUGCAAAGAGUGCGUGCUUGCUGAGAUUAUACCGGAUGGGGCGGGACUUUAGGGAUCCGGCCUACCUGGGUCCUCGUGUGAUGGACAAGCUCGCAGUGGCCCUCCUACUCAUGAGCCUGUACUGGCACAUCGGCAAGAGGAAUUUCGGCCCCAACGCGGUCAACAUCGGCGCAGCGCUGUUCAUGUGGACCAUUCUGCCGGGCUUUGCCGCGGCCGCUUACACACCCACGCUUGUGCAGGAGCGCCCCCUCUUCUACAGGGAGCGCAGUGAUGGGCUGUACAAGUCAGUGACGUACUUAGUGGCCAAGUUAUUGGAGGAGGUCAUAGUGGCCCUGGUGCAGAGCCUGAUAAUGAGCUGCAUCGUGUUCUUCCCCCUGGCCCUGGCCGGCAGCUGGUCGCUUUUCUGGUACACCUACUUCCAGACCACCGUCAUCGGUAUCCUGCUGGCAUACAUAAUCGCAGCGCUGUCACCCAACAUGGACGUGGCUAAUGGGGCGUUGCCUGCCUACGUGGUCAUCCUGCUGUUCUUCGUGGGGCUCCUCAUCAGGCCGCAGGAUCAGCCUUCCUACUGGCACUGGUUCCAGUACAUUGAUUUUCUGCACUAUGCCUGGGUCGCCCAGAUGGUCAACCAGUUUGAAAACACCCAGAUCUUCAUCUUCCUCAACCUCGAGGUGCUCACCUGCCAAUUUCAGUUUGCUCGUACAGCUCUUUGCCAUUUGAAAGAGUGUUGUCAAUUUCAGUGUGAUGAUUGUUUGCAUGCAAAGCAUUUCACUGAAAUUGGCAACGUGCUUGCACUCGGCAGAUGGCAUGCAUUUCGAAAUGCAUCACUGCAAUGA